UUUGAAUGAGACGGGAGUCAGGGGAAAUAUAUUUUCUUUUAAUUGUAUAAAAAUUAAUUGUAUAACAAACUAAUUUGUCAAUCAUGGAUAAAUGUAAUUAUAAAGAGAUUCCAAACAACAAUGAGCGGUUUGUUAAAUUGAAAGGACAAUCGGAUUGGAAACCGUUUUUGAAACAGCUGUUAAUAUGCAGUGGAGUAUGGACGUCUGUGUUUCUGUACGGACUGUCGGUGGGCGCUCCCACUGUCUUCAUCCCUCAGAUCAGACGAGAGGCCAACAGCACUGAAGUUAUCACAACCAACAUGGCUUCUUGGUUGACUUCUGCGUUUGGGUUCAGCGGGUUCCCCUUCGUCCUGAUCCUCUCGAUACUCACCAAGUUCGUCGGCAGGAAGAUACCCUUCGUGAUCGCAGUCCUGGACUCCCUGGCUGCCUUCAUCGUCCUCUACUGCAGCACCAGCGUCACACACAUACUGAUCAGCCAGAUCAUGCAAGGAUUGUUCUGCGCCUCGCACACCACCAUCACAAUAAUGAUCAUGACUGAAUACAUCUCACCAAAGUACAGAGGAAUAUUCCUCACAGCCAAAACUGCUACCUUCUACUGGGGAGUUUGGGCUUCCAAUACUAUAGGAACAUUUUUUCACUGGAAAAAUAUCCCAUUGUUUGGUAUAAUAUGUUCAAUGUACACUUUGCUGACAUUAAUGAUCUGGCCGGAGUCUCCGUACUGGCUGGCUAGUAGAGGACGGUUCGAAGAGUGUGCAGCCUCACAUAGAUCACUAAAAGGUUGCGAUGAAGAAUCUGAGAAAGAAUUAGAAGUGCUGAUCAAUUCUCAAAGGCAAUAUCUUGCUGGGUCCUUAGCAAACAAACAAUCAGUAACAAAACGUAUCUCUGGGUUCUUUAAAACAAUUACUUCUAAGGGCUUUUGUAAACCUACAGCUUUAUCUAUUUUAACGGCUCUUCUAUCAUUUUGCUCCGGGAAAUUAAUAUUUGCUUUGUAUGCUGUGGAUAUUUUAAAGAAAGUUACAAAUAGUGAGUCCACGGCUUACAUUGCAAUGUUGAUCAUUGACGGGUUUACUGUAGUCAGUAUGUACGCAGGGUGUGCUUUAGCAAAACAUUUGAAGAGACGUACUUUGUUGUUAGGAGCCUCUACUAUAGGGGCAGCAUUUCUAUUUAUUUUGUCAAUUUACUUAUACUGUAUCAAAUUACAACUGAUUCCAGAAAACCAGUAUGUUACAAUAGCUUUAUUUAUUGCUUUCACUAUUGCUGUCAGUUGUGGGCCAUUGUCCGUGUCGAUAUCAGUGUACGGGGAAUUGAUUCCUAUCAGAUCGAGAAAUUUAUCAGUAUGUAUCAUUGCACUGACUGGAAAAUUAGUCACAGGACUGUCACUAAAAUUGGCACCAUUAAUAUUUAAAAACUUUGGUGUCCAUGGAACUUGUCUUACGUUUGCCAUUAUCUCUGUAGUCACAAUUGUGACAUUGUAUAAGUACUUGCCUGAAACUAAGGACAAGACGUUACAACAAAUAAAUGAUUUAAUAAUGGGAGUGAAACCAAAUACAGGACAAACAACUGUAAAAUUGAUAGUCGAUGAUAAAGAUGUUUAAAUGAAAAUCGUAUUAAGUAGUCAUCCUGUAAAUAAUAAAUAAUUUAUGAGACUUAUCUUAAUUAAUAUAUUAAUCAUAUUCAAGUAGUUUUGUUAAUGCACCAUUUAUUUAGUUUAU